AUGCGUACAGGUCCCGGGUCAGCGACACGUUAUGCAACGUCAAUCCUGUCCAACGGACGCCAGACUUUCUUCUCUCCUCCAAACUUAGCAACCCAACAAUCGCCCAUCGUGGAGGCGGCAUCGGCCAGAUACGCGGCGCGGGACCGCUGGGUGCACGAAGGACCAGCUCCCCAAACCCCGCUGCAGCGCUACAUUCACAAUGCCUGCGACCCUCAGAACUUCGAGCCGAACCUUGCCCUGAAUCUCGAGAUAGCCGACCUGAUCAAUGCUAAGAAGGGAAAUGCUCCGCGCGAGGCCGCCGUGGCCAUUGUCCAGUACAUCAACCACCGCAACCCAAAUGUAUCCAUGCUCGCCCUGACCCUCCUCGACAUCUGCGUCAAGAACUGCGGUUAUGCUUUCCAACUCCAGGUCAGCACAAAGGACUUCCUGAACGAGCUCGUCCGUCGCUUCCCCGAACGCCCUCCUAUCCGCGUCACUCGUGUCCAAAGCCGCAUCCUCGAGCUUAUCGAAGAAUGGCGCUCCACCAUCUGCGUCACGUCAAAGUACAGGGAGGAUCUUGGCUUUAUCCGCGACAUGCAUCGCUUGCUGAGCUACAAGGGCUACACUUUCCCCGAAGUCAAGAAGGAGGAUGCCGCUGUGCUCAACCCGACAAACGACCUCCGAUCCGCAGAGGAGAUGGAAGAGGAGGAACGCGCUGCUCAGUCAGCGAAAUUGCAGGAGCUUAUCCGCAGGGGUACUCCUCACGAUUUGCAGGAAGCCAACAAGCUCAUGAAGAUUAUGGCUGGCUUCGACACUCGCCGCAAGACUGAUUACCGUGCAAAGGCUGCUGAGGAGGUUGGCAAGAUUCAGCAAAAGGCGAGAUUGCUGGAGGAAAUGCUCCAAGGUUACAAGCCAGGUGAUGAGAUCAAGGAGGGCGAUGUCUUCGAGGAACUCGCAAACGCAUUAGCCAGCGCGCACCCGAAAAUCCAAAAGAUGUGCGAGGAAGAAUCUGAGGACACCGAGGCUGUCGCAAAACUGUUUGAGAUCAAUGACAGCAUUCACAGGACGAGUGAAAGAUACAAGCUGAUCAAGAAGGGUGAUCUGGAAGGCGCUAACAGAAUCGCUGCUGGUACUCUGGGCAUCAGCGGUGCCGGUGUCAAGAGCGGUCCUAACAACGAGCUGUCAUUGAUUGACUUUGGCGGUCCCGAGGAGGAAGUCGCCCAGCCUGCUCAAUCCCAGCAGUCACAAGCAGCUCCCCAGUCUAAGGGUAAUGCUCUUGAGGACGACUUGCUUGGCCUAUCAAUGGGCGACUCUGCCUACGGCUCGGGUGGUGCCUUGACUUUGGGAUCCCCAAGCAACGGCCUUGCCGAUCUUGCUGGUCCUUCGAGCUCACAACCAACCCCAGCUCCUGCACUUACUGCUAUUCCUCCUCCUGCCCAGCCUCAAGCGGCCAAAGCAAACUACGACCCCUUCGGCAUGAUUUCCUCUCCUGCUCCCGCCUCAAAUGCCUUCAACCAACCUCAACAACAACAAAAAGCCGCCGACCCCUUCGCUGCUCUCUCCGGUAACUCGCGCACCGCAUCUCCUUUCCAAUUCCAGCAAUCCGUCAAGCCUUCACCACCGCCCGCAGCUCCGCAAUCAGCUGCAUCACUAUUGGGCGGUGACGACGAGUGGACGUUCUCCUCUGCUCUGCCUACCCAACCGCAGCAACCUCAGACCAACGUCGUUACUGUUAUCGACUCGAGCGUAAGAGCUGUUUUCCACAUCUCAAGACCGGCUGGUGCAAACGACUACCUGGCUAUUGAUGCCAGGAUAUCAAACAAGACCCCUCAACCCGUCAGCGACUUCACCCUGCAGCUGGCUGUAACAAAGGCAUUCUCCCUGCAAUUACAACCACAAUCUGGACGUAACCUUUCACCAAACCAGGCCGAUGGCAUUAAGCAAGCCAUCCGCUUACAAGGUGUAGCUCCUGGCAAGGGUAGUGCUGUCCGUAUGCGAUGGCGCGCCAGCUACACCAUUGCCGGCCAACCGCGGGAGGAGAGUGGUGAAGUCAGCAACCUGGGCGUGCUUUAG